AUGAGUCAAAGCAUUGUACUUUCCAGUAUCGCUGCUGCACGAAAUGCUGUUUUCUCUGAAGUCAGCAUUGGGAUCACAGCCAACACCUUCCUUCUUCUCUUCCAUGUUCUCUGGUUCUUUCUCCAGCACAGGACCAGGCCCACAGACCUGGCCAUUGGGCACCUGGCCCUCAUCCACCUGGUGAUGCUGAUCACUGUGGGGGUCAUAGCUGCAGACAUUUUUGAGGCUCAGGAGUUAUGGGAUGACAUCACGUGCAAAGCUGUCAUUUACUGGCAUCAAGUGACACGGGGCCUCUCCUUGGGCACCACCUGCCUGCUAAGUGUCCUCCAGGCCAUCACCCUCAGCCCCAGGAGCUCCUGGUUGGCCAAGUUCAAGCACACAUCCUCACAUCACAACAUGUGCGGAUUUCUCUUCCUAUGGGUCUUCAAUUUGUCCAUCAGCGCUCGUCUCCUAAUCUCCAUUGUUGCCACCAAAAAUCGUACAUCCCACAGUCUUAUGUCUGUCACUAAAUCUUGCUCUCUCUUGUCCCUGAGUCAGGUGUUCAGACUCACAUUCUCUAUGUUGGGGAUCUUCCGGGAUGUCUCCCUUACAGGGCUCAUGGCUGUCUCAAGUGGGUACAUGGUGAUAUUCCUGUGCAGGCACAAGAGGCGGUCCCAGCACCUUCACAGCACCAACCUGUCUCCAAGAGCCUCCCCAGAGCAAAGGGCCACGUGGAUCAUCCUGCUGCUCCUGGGUUUCUUUGUGCUCGUUUACUUGAUGGACUGCAUGGUGUCUUUCUUCUCAGGAAUAUGGUUGAACAGUGACCCAGUUCGCCUGUGUGUCCAGAUGCUGGUGGGCAAUGGCUAUGCCACCAUUGGUCCCUUGGUGUUAAUCAUCAGUGAGAAACGAAUGAUCACCAUUUUCAAAUGUGUAUCUGAGAAGGAGAAUAGUGUUCACUUCUUCAGAAAUAAACAACAUGUCUUUAGAUGA